AUGGCGCAGGUGCUGGUCCACAUGGUCCACCAGUUUCUCCGGGAAGUGCUCGAAGUGACGGAGUUGCUGGCCUGCCAGGUCAGGGGCAUCGACGACGGGCUGGUCUCUGUCGAGCACCGCCCGCUGGGACGGCACCGGAGACCCGUCCUGGUGAGGGGCGUCAGCAGGCAGGGGCGCCGGAGGCGCGCGCUCGCCUGGGCCGAGCGGGCGCUGCCUGGCCCAGGCAGGCCCGAGCUCGUGCGGCCCGCGGCCCAAAGUUCGGACCUUCCCUGGCCGCCACGGUGGCGGGGAAGUUCGAUGACCUUCGGGACGUGUUGAUAAAUCCAACAAUAUGUGCUUGCCCCGCUCGGCUCCGCCGAUAGUGCGCCGCCAGUUUCGGUUCCUCAGUGCGCGGCCUGCGUCGUUUUGACAGGCCUCGGUGGACGAGCACACGUGGGCGUCAAUAACACACACACGUUCUGAGUCUCGUCCUGGGCGGCAGCAGCGAAAGUGUCCUGGCCGUCCAGCUCCAGAAGUGUGGGGGGCUGGGCUGGCUGGCCGGAGGCCUGGGCUGGCUGGCCGCCCCCCUGCCUCCUGAGAGCUCCCCGCUGCCCACCUCCACUCGUCCACGCCUCCUUCGUGGCGCUCGCUUGUCUGCCUCUGAACCUCCAAGCCCAGCCGCGAGCUGGGGCGCGGCCGCGGCGCGCUCCCGCCCCCGCUUCUGGCGCCCUGCCGCUCGGUGGCCAUAGGCUCGGGGGCUGGGGAGGAUACGGCCGGGGACUUUUGGAUGGCGUGCCGCUCCGCUGGCAUCCGCUUUCUACGUCGCAGCGCGGCAGUCCGCACGCGCGC